AACAUGGGUUCUGUUUUACCUCAGCAACUUUGCGGAACUGUCGCUGCGAUAUUUUGGCAUGCAGUCUUUAAAAAAGGCUAAAUCUACCUGCUAUACGUAGUGAAAGCGUAUACAAACUCACCGACACAUUCCAGUGCACAGCAAGAACACAUGAUUUGAAUACAAUAGGCCAUUGUUUGUAUAGGAAAAGAGUAAAAGAAAUACCAGGCUAAUUCUAAUAUUUUAAAAGUACAAAUUUCAUGGAUACGAAAAGAAAUCUUUCAGAAAAUUGUAUUUGGUGAAUGUGCCUUUAUUUAAAUAAAGUAAGAUACUAUUUGUCUGUUAAGCUCAAUUCAUUUGCUAGACUGAAAUGCUGCUGUAAUGAAUGGAAAGAAGAUAUAUGGUCUGACUUAUGCAUGAACACAAACACAAAUGCUUGUCAUGGUUACAGUAGUCAUGUAGCAGAUUACUUGGCACUAGACACUUUAAAUAAGGAAAGUGAUCUGAGCAUUGAAUAGCAAGAAAAUAAAACUAUUUUUCCAUAAAUAUCACAAAAUCCCAUGCAAACAUUUUGUAAAAUGAUGCAAUGAUUUUUCGAACCAAUACGUUACACUAUCUAAAACACAUGUAAACAGCAACCUGGCAUUUCCUCCUUAUCUGGUUGCUAAGAGAUAUUUGAACAAUUGGUUAUAAAUAAGAAGCCAUUUUAAGCAGCUCUUAGCUACUAAUGUUCAGAGCUCUCCACACGUUUUCAGCUAACUGCUGCAUUUCCUGUGGAUUUGACCAAUUUUAAGAGUAAGGAGGAUGGGUUCAACCAAGUUCACCAAUCCUUACGCUAUUGAAGUGAUCCAGACCAAGAAGAAAGAGCUAGUUGGUGGCAUCUCCAACACUGAGGACUUACUGGACCUUCUUGUCGCAAAUGGAGUCCUUCUACCUGAGAGCAGAGUUCUUGUGUCCAGCAUCACAGCACAAGACGAGAAGAACUCCAGAAUGCUUAGCAUCCUGAUAUCGCGAGGAGAACGGGCAUGCCGAAUCUUCUUCUACCCAUGCCUGAAGAGUGCUGAACCUGACCUGUACCAGACCAUGAAAACCUAUGUAGGAGGGCUGAACCAAAACAUUAAGGACACACGAAGGCAGCUGAUUGGGUAUCUUCUAGAGAAAGAUGGCCAGGGGAAAAUGAAAAACAUACAGGGUAAGAACACAGACCCUUUCAAUGAGACAGUAAGGAAUAAAUCAAAAACGUAUGAGGUGCCAACCUUGUUAGAAGGAUUACAGAAAUACUCUAUGAAACCAGAGGACACAUCAAAUGCCAUUCUCAAAGCAGUGUCUACAGGUGACGUAUCCCUGUUACGGGAACUUCUAAAAGGCACGAAUAUCAACAACAGAAGUUCCUCUGACAGCCUCCUACACACUGCUGCACAACAUGGUCAAGUGGCAGUUAUAAACUUUUUGCUCCGUCACGGAGCCAAACUAGAUCAGAGAGACCACCAAGGUCGCACUGCCCUACACAGGGCUGCAGAGGCUGGCCACACAGCUGCUGCAGUGGCCCUUGUUAGAGCUGGAGCAGACAUUCAUGCCAAAGACAAGACCUCCAAAACUCCCCAACAUCUAGCAGCACAAAAUGGUCAUGAGGACACUGUCAGAGCCCUGGUGGAGGAGGAAGCAAGAAGCUUCAAGAACCAGACUACAUUCCUGCACAUGGCUGCAGUGGAGGAUGAUUUGGAACUGGCAGGCAUUUUGCUGCGGAAUGGAGCAUCAGUAGACGUCCAAGACAGCCAGAGGAAAACGCCAUUGUUUCAUGCCAUUAGCCGUGGAAAUGAGAACACAGCUUCUGUGCUGCUUCAGGCAGGUGCCCAGGUGAAUUCUGGAAUCAUGGAGGCAGCGUUUGACCUAAACAGGAAGUCUGUGCUGUCUCUGCUUCUGAGGAACAUCAAGGACACAAUGUCUCAAAAUGAGAUAAAAUCUGUUCUGUUUAAAGCAGUAAAGAGAAACCUGGAUGGGGUCGUGGCUGCCCUCAUCGACAGUGGAGCAGAUGUUAAUGCGUGCGAUGACCUGGGCUACACGCCACUACUCCUAGCCACAGAGUUGAGGAACGUGGAAGUCUUUAAAGUGCUGGUCUCCAAGAAAGCCCAGUUUGAUAAGAGGCUACCUAACCAGACCUCUGCUCUUCAUCUGGCCAUUCAGAGUGGCAGUAUGCCAAUAACUCAGAUAUUACUGGAUAAGGGCAUGGACCCCAACAGCAUCGGCCCCAAAGACCAAACGCCUUUGCAUUUUAGUGCCCUGCACAACCAGCCUACUCUAAUGGCCUUGCUGCUUCGCAAAGGGGCUCAGGUCAACGCUGUCACCCAGGAUGGCCUGACCGCUCUCCAUCUUGCUAGCCAGAGUGGACAUACAGAGGCAGUGGCCCAGCUGUUGGAGGGAAAAGCAGACGUCCAUACUCAGGACAAACAGGGCAGAACAGCUCUACACUGGGCAGAUCACGGUGAUGCCAACAUCAUAAAGCUCCUCCUCUUUGCUGGAGCUGAUACUAACCCUGCUGAGAAGGAGAGGAAGACUCCGUUACACCUGGCAACGAUGGCAGGGCACACCGACGCUGUCUCAACCUUGUUGGCUGGGAAAGCUAAAUGUGGAGCUAAAGACAUGGAUGGCUGUUCAGCUCUGCACUAUGCUGCCCGAAAUGGUCAUAAGAGCGUGGCUGCUGCUCUCCUAGCCUCUGGGAGGAAUAAAAACGUGGAUGACAGGAAUGUAUGGAGGAGGACACCUCUACAUUUGGCUGCAGAGCACGGGCAGGAGCUCCUGGUGGAUCUGCUGCUAGAGAAACAAGCCAAGAUCAAUGCCAUCGACAACAAUAAAGACACACCACUGCAUUCGGCCUGUCGCGCAGGGCAUCUAGGCACAGUGCAGAGAUUGGUAAACUGGACACAGGGCCAGAAGGCAAACCUACAGGCUACUAACAAUGUGAAGAAAACAGCCCUGCAGGUGGCGGAGGCUGAGGACACUCUGAACCAUCAGAGCAUUGCUACACUGCUGAAGAAGAAGAUGUUUCUCAUCAAAUGA